UUGACAGUCGGUUUGUUGCUUUGCUUGUCCAUCAAAUUGUGUUGUGUUCGACUUUUGUAGCCAUCGCGGAGGCGGCAUUGCUUUACAAAUGGCUGUAAUAUGUUUGGCACACGGUUUAUUUGUAAGUUGAUGCGUGAAAGCCGAUAUUGAGCGCGAAUUAUGAAGAGUUAUACGAAAGCUUAGCCUGUUGAUGAAACAGCGAAAGAUAGGCGAGAGAAAAUCACGGGCGCUCGAAAACCGUUAUAUCAGUACAUUGAGCGUUAGCGGCCAUUUUCAUUAAACAAGUUAGUCUAACAUGCAAUAAAGCGCACUACAUGGAUGAAACAUAGCAUAAACCAACUGUAUAAUCUUACAGCUGUACAUACUGACAUACAUAGAGGAUAUAUUCUAUUGCUGUAUUGGCUUCAAACUUUUCAAAGAUUGGUCAUAAUAUGAUAAAACACUACUUGUAUGUAUUAAUAUAUCCCAGCAAUGUUGCAUAGAAGCAGGUCCCCAAAGGAAUGUUCUAUAAUAUAUAAUAAGUCCAUAGAUCAAAUAAACAUCUGCAAUGGCAUUGUGUGUAUAUUCACCAGAGGUGAUUGUUUUUCUGCUUGUGUUCAAUUGUUUGAAUACAGACUCUGUGAAUGACGUAUAUUAGUUGGAAACAAUUGUUAGUAUCCCUAAUUGCUUGCAUACUAAAGUGCUAAAAGAUAUAACAUAUUGUUUCAAUGCAUUGUUUGAUAUCCGAACGGCUGUCAAGAAAAUAAUACAGUAUAGCAAUAAAAAAUCGUUAGUUUUAAUGUUGCAAAUAUGUCCAAUUCAUUGGUGAUAAGGUAGCCACAGUAUAUAGAAUGUGCAAAACAUAAAUCAUUGUCAGAUUGCACUCGUAAGGACAUGCAAUUACAUUGUACAGCUUGAAUUCAAAAUGUAAAGGAAGUACCUCAGUUGUCAUCUAUAGACAGACAGGAAAGAUAUCACUGCAUGUUAUUCCCGCUCGUAUUUAAUCAUUUCUUUAAUGUGUGCAUUUUCAAUCAUGAUUGUUUUGCCAAUCAGCAUUCUAGCUAACUGGAAUCUAUUUUUAUGGAUUAUAGACUAGUGGCAGGUUGGAAUGUGAUUAUAGAAUCAUUCACAAUUGGGAUAAAUAUGAAAUGUUUGAAAUAUAAAUUUGUUGGUGUUUAGGAUGAAGAUAAUAUUAUAUUGAGCUGACCUGCAUGGUUCAAAAAUAUUAUAAAAUGUAUAUAUAAUAUAGAAUAAACAAUCCUUGUACUGGAAUAAAAAAGUUUGAUUAUAUGGUACUAAGAAAAAUCUUUGAAAUAAAAAUUUCUACCUCUGCCUCCUGAAAAUAUGCUAAUAUGAAAAAAUAAUCAAUUUGUAAGAAUGAAACUCUCUCAGUAAUGUUGCAUAGAGGUGCAGUUUAUGUUAGAUUCACUUACUGGAAAAUACCUAUAUAUUUGCAGUGCAAUUUGAAAGGAAUUUUUCUCUAUUUAGAUCAGACGAUAGACAAAUUCUGCCAGAUUCACUAAUAAAAUAAUAGAUCUGGCAAUUGGCUGUUACUUAGCUUUUGAAACAUGCUUCUGUGCUUGUCAUUGCAAUGGUUCCUCCAACUUUCCAAAAUCAUUCAUGUACUGGUAAAUAUUGCCAUACUCAGGCGACCAGUCCGAAAGAAUUGGGUUAAAAAAUGAUUGAUCUGUCUGUCGUAUUGACUUACCUCACGGCGUGAUAAAUGUGCAAACCCAUUGUGGAAUAUAAAAUAUAAUAGUACUAUACUAGUACUCAAUAUUAAAAGGGCUUGGUGUAAAAAUGUUUUAAAUAUUCUAUGUCUCAUGUUCUUACCUUAUACCACUGUAUAUACACUGUAUAGCUUUUACAUCAUUGUGAUGUAACACUGAUCUCACCUCAACCCAUGUCAAUAGUCAAAUCACCAAGUGGAAUCCUUAAUGAUCUUAUGCACAAAUGACCAGAAAAAUGAGCCAAUAUACAUCUGACGAGAGGGCUCAGCAUAUCAAAGAACAUGGACAAAACUCUGAUGCCCCUGUACAAGAUUUAGAAGAUGCAAUACAGAUUGAAAGAGACAAAAAAUUAAUCAAGAAUCAUCCACUAUUUGUUCUGUUGGAAAUGUUGUUUGAAAAGUGUGAACAAGCAACACAAGGGGACGAGGCUCCUACUUCUUCUGCAUUUGAUGAAGAAUUGCAAGAAUUUGUGAGACAACGACAAUAUGAAAUGACUCCAAUAUUAACAAAUGAUUCAGAGAUUGAUAAUUUGAUGAUAAAAGCAAUCCAAGUUUUGCGUAUUCAUUUAUUGGAAUUAGAAAAAGUGAAUGAGCUCUGCAAAGAUUUUUGUCAUCGGUAUAUCACAUGUUUAAAAGGUAAAAUGCACAGCGAAAAUCUUCUCAGAUCAGACUCUGGAAUUUUUGCAGAUGCUCAAACAUCGGUACAUGGCCAACUCGCAAAUACUCCAAAUGCAAAUGUCACUGUCAACUUACAAGGAGAAAUAGUUUUGCAAGGUGGAUACCAGUCUGGUGUAUCGUCAUCGUCUGAUGGUCAUUCAAAUGAAAAUAUAGUCAACGGUUCUACACCUUUAUCACAAGUAGGAGUUAAUGCUCCGCCACCUGCUCCACAGGUGAUUCCACCUCACAUGUAUCAUCUUCCACAUAAUAAUAUUGAGGACGGUAACAAUAGAAAAUCGAAGCGAGGAGUCUUACCUAAACAAGCCACUGAAAUAUUGAGAUCCUGGUUAUUUUCACAUAUAGUACAUCCUUACCCAACGGAAGAUGAAAAGAGGACUCUUGCAGCUCAGACCAACUUAACAUUAUUACAAGUUAAUAAUUGGUUUAUUAAUGCUCGUCGGAGAAUAUUACAGCCAAUGCUCGAUGCAAGUAAUCCAAAUGCAAACGUAGCCAAAUCCAAAAAGAACAAACAACAAACCACGAGGCCUGGUACAACAGAACGAUUUUGGCCCCAUACGAACAGUGACGAAGGGUCACCCCCUCUCGUUGAAGAGGGUGACCUGCACCCAGGAACAAUGAUAGCUUCUGCUUCUGUUACAAUGGAAAGUAGCUGAAAAACAAAUGCUCAAACCACAGUCUUAUAUUUAUAUAAAUAUAUAUAUACGGUGCUGAGUUGAAUAUUACAAUUAUGUGUCUGUAUUCUUCCUAUCAACUCUCCAGCAUUCUUGUUUGUUUUUCUGUUUUAGUCAGCGUUUGCCAAAGUAGGGCUGAAGAAACCACAAUCACGUGCAACUCAAUAUAUAAAUUAAUUAGCCAUUGACUGUAUAAAAAGAGCAUAUUGGAAGCAUUCUUGUGUUUGAUUGUCACUUGAUUUAUCCGUACUCAAAAGGAUGUGAAAAAUAGUUGAAUACUUCUUUGUGCUAUGGACAUUACGGAUCGUGAACCAAAAUUAAAAAAAAUUACGCUUUCCAUUUGAUUAAUUAUUUUUUAAAUUAGUUUUCCUGGCUGUGAUUGAUUAUCCAUCACAUGUAUGGAACAUUAUAUAAUUUUGGCACUAUGGAUUCCAAUCAAUAAGUAUAGGAAGUGUCAGGAUAUAUUGUAAGUUCAUUCCAUGAAUAACAUAAUCUUAUAGUAAUGGAUAAUAGUAUCCUUUUUAGCUUCUGUUAUUAUUCGGCAUGCUUGAAAAAAAUAGUCUCUGAAUCACAAUUAUGUAUGUUCCAUAUUAUUACCAGUCUCAAGACUUAAAAAAGUUUAAAGCUUCAUUUGGAUAUAAUUGACAGCCUCUUUAUUUCUAUGAAUAUUAAAUUAAAAGUUUUUUUAAAUAUUGACCAAUAGUUACACUUAUUGAUCCAACAUUUUCCGACGUGUGACCGAUGCCCUCUUGUUUUAACUUACCUCAUGCUGGAGUGUUUUGUUUGUUGUUCUUUUCCACUUUAUUGUAAUGUUACUCUUUUAUUAUUAUUAUUUUUCAAAGUUCCUUAUUCAUAAUUGGUACAAUGCUAUAAUUUUAUGUCUUCUUUACUCAGUUAUUAGUGUCCUAAUGUGGCAAAUGAGGCCUUUAUAUAUUUCUUUUUUUUGCUCUGGUCUGAUGAAUGGUGUUUUAAAAGUUGAAUUUGCAAUAUAAAAUGCAAAUAUCAUCUGUGUUCCACUAAUUAAGUUUCGCUGUUUGACGAAAACAGGAGUUAAUGAAUACCUCUCAAAUGUUCACUACCUAAUUAUUGCUGUCUUGUCCAUUGACAGGGAUAAAGGCAGCUUUUUUGUUCCAUUUCACACAAUAAAACUUUUAGGAAAGUUAUAUACUUCAGAUAGAUAGGAAUUUUUGACAUAAAAUUUGGAAUUGAGUUCUAAUUCACCAGUCAAUUUCUUGGCAGAAACAUUUCAUACACUCGUACCUUUGACAUAUGACUAAUGUUCAAGUGAGCAGAGUUUUAAUAGUUUCAUAAUAAACAUUUUGUUGUUUUCAUUUCUCGCCACGAGGGGUGAUAAACAAUAGUUUUCUUUUGGUUUUUGAUCAAUGGUUUUUCCAGACUGUAUGUUUUAAGUAUGGUAACUCUAUUCUGUUUCUAUAAAUAUCACUCAUUUCUGCUCAAGAUUUUCGUACUCUUUCGUUUUCUUGUAAAGAAAUUUUUGUUGGGUUUUAGAGAUAUUGGGUACUUCUAACCAGCAUUUUUUUUUUUAUACUUUUCGUGUUUCAUUUCAUUUUUGCUUUGUAUCUUUUAAGCCGCAAUAUGCUACCUGUCUGUAUUCUAUUUGCCACCAAUUUUAAAUGAUACUACUGCAGUGUUUGGCCCGGUCUUUUUUUUUACUUUCUCCAAGUUCUCUUAUUAAAGCCAAAUCCCAAGCCAUCAAAUAAAAUUACUGAUAGAAUGGUAAAAAAAUAAAAUUGUGAGUUACUGAUGGAACUAUUAAUCAUUAACAAUAUGUAGGUUCAGUAUUUGUCAGUCAAUUCAACAGUUUACAAACACUUCAACACUAUGAAGUUCAGUUAAACUCUUCCAGAAAUAAACGUUUUGCGCUUGCAAAAAGAGCUUGGCCUUACAUAAAAAAAAAGUUUGUUUGCUUCUGCAUGGUAACAUGAAUUUUGUUGCUGUUUUCUCCUUCGUUAUCUUUGGGGAUUCCUAGCAAAAACUGGAGUUAGAUAUUUACUGUCUUUUCUAACUGUAUAAAUACUUUUACUUGAAUAUAAUACGGUACCGAAUGUUUUUUACUGUUUGCCCUUUUGCAUUGCAAUAAAGCACUUGGCAACCACCGGA